AAUCACAUUCUGAAUGGAACAAUUUGGACCUCAGACCACAGAAGCAUUCGUAUCAGAACACAGACACACUCGGUAUCAGUACACGGACAAACUCUGUAUCAGUAUACAGACGCACGUAUUAGCACGCACUCGACAGGUAUCUUCAGGUGUUUAUAUUGAAUCAUUUCGAUUGAAACUUGAGCAACGCCAUGUCUUCCAAGUCUGAGCAAGACAGCAUUCCUCUCUCCUGCGUAGGAGAUCGAGGUAAGUGUGAACUUCCUUCAGUAGUCAUGACGACAAACAGAUCUCAGGAUCACCCAACGCUGAUGUCUCAGGAUCACCCAGGGUUAUCAGCCGCCCCGCUGACACCUGCAACGAUGUGCAGCUGAAUGUCAGCGAGAGGAAGAGGAGGGCUGGGGAUGAUGCUGUAGAGAGGCCCGAAAAAAGGUUGAGAUGUGACCUCAACAACAUCAUGUCUGAAAAGAACAACAGACAGAGCAUCGCUAACGAGAGGGGCAAUGAUGGAGCCCACGUUAGCGAGGAAAGCAGCGCCGUGACGGAGGAGGAGAUCAUCUAUCAGAUGGCCACCUCAGCAAACCCAAGGGGCAGCUCUGAUUUUGAGAACAAGUACGAAGAGCUUGAUCCGAUUGGUGCAGGAGGCUUUGGCUCUGUGUAUAGCGGCUACCGUAAAGACGACUAUUUUCCAGUGGCCAUCAAGCACAUCCCCAGUAAGGACGUGAGAUGUCAACAAGUGCCUUGCAAUGGGAAGGAUUACCACAUCAUCCUUGAGGUGGCCUUCAUGCUGAAAACUGCAGGUCUACCAGGAUCCAAAGGAGGAUCUGCUAUUGUGUGCCUUCUGGACUGGUACCGUCUGGAUCAUGAGAUAGUACUGGUCAUGGAGAGACCAUAUCUCUCCACGAACCUCCUGAAGUACCGGUUAGCCAACGGAGGAUCCCUGGACGAAAGAGAUGCAAAGCUGAUCCUGAAGCAGCUGGUGGACGCUGCCAUCCACAUGCACUCUAAAGGCGUCUUUCACCGGGAUAUUAAAUUACAGAACGUCCUGGUUCAAGACAACUCUGGUGUCCCCAAAGUUUAUGUCAUUGACUUUGGUUGUAGCAGCUUUUGUCAGGAGAUGCCCUACACUCACUACUGGGGCACUCCUGCGUACGCCCCUCCAGAGUGGUUGAACAGUCGCAGAUACUGUUCCCGUCCCACCACUGUAUGGCAGCUGGGCAUGAUCCUUCUUUCACUGCUGGUUGGACAUUACCCCCCCCAGGUCAGCAUCCAGAGCGACAUCCUGACGGACGAUAAGCUGUCCGCAGAUGUCAAGUAUUUGCUUCACAGGUGUCUUGCCACAGACCCAAGACAGCGCAUCACUCUGGAGGAGCUCCAGCAAAGCCCCAGCCUCCAACAAACCAUCCCUCCACCUACUCAAGGCUACCUGUAAGACAGGAAAGUGCCUCAGGGAUGUUC